UAAACUCUUGAAUAGUCAGUUUAUUAUUAAUUAAUCCUGAUGCGUUUGAUGUACUCCAGAAUGUAGCUGUGAUUGUGACUGCUCCUGGAAGGAUCAACUCUCCAGAGGCCCAGUCCGAAACAGCCAAUACCCUCAGCAGCGAACGCGAAGGCGUCCCUAAAUCGGAGGCUAAACCCAACCGACGAUCUUCCCCAACAACACGUCUUCUUGAUCGCUUGACCGAAAGACGGGAACGUCGUCAGGAGAUCCUACGAAAUUUCUUCAACAUCGACCGCGAUGUUGAGGAAAACAGUGUCAACCCUGGAGCCAAUCCCGAGUUGACUCCUCUUCGGCGGACCAACCGACGCACUAAUACAGGUCCCGAGCUGCCCCACGGGACUGUCCCGGCUCCUAAUGGAGGAAUACGAAGCAUCCUCAGUAUGUUCAGACUACCACAGAAUGGGAGCAAUGGCACAAAUGCCGACGGUGUUGAAGCCGUCACGGCUGUGAACUCAAUUGCGCGAGCCUUAGGCCGUACACUUUUCGCGUCGCAGGCGGCACGGCGUAACCAAGCCGCUUCUAAUAAUUUAAUACUUAACGGAACUUUCAGUGAGAGUCAAGAAAGAGAACCCACGGUUUUCGAGAGAAAUUUUGAGGCAUCUAAAACCCAAGCGAGCAUCAACAGACUCGAAAAAGAAGUUGGAAGUUUUUUGGGGCGGCUGCUGGGCACCAUAUACCGCAACGCUGACCCCAUCGAUGAAUCUCUGUCAAAAGGAAUAAGACGAGUGCUGGGAGCACGUGUUCCGAACUCAACAAAUGAUACAGGGACCACCAAAAUCUCUGCUGUCUCAGCUCCCAGCGACAGUACAAAAUCUGCUGAAAGUAGCACUGGCUCACCUGUAGCUGGAACCACGCGCCGACCUUUCCAGUUCCGUUUAUCUUUCGAUGAUAUUGACCCUGCACCUGCACGCAACUCUGAUCACUCGGGGCCUUGAGGUCUUUAGCAGGUUAUUAGUUGUGUGCUGUGUAGGCUUAGUUUUAGGCUAAGAAUAAUGCAACUUUAAUAAUUCGCGGCUGCAGGUGUUACGGAGCUAUGUGCUUGACGCUGAAGAUGUAUAUUAGUUAUACGAAAGAGACCAUGAAAUUUCUGUUUCUUUUUGAAGGAAUGCCACUUACUUAGCUCAUAAAUGGACUGAAAUAGAUUUCGUCUUAUUCAUUGCAGGUAACGACAAGUGACAACUCAGGCUCUUUCUUAAUGUAUUUGCGCCGAAAUUUCAACAACCAUUACGGUUCUUGAAACUAAUAACGGUAUAUAUACGAUAUGUACGUUACACUUUGUAAGUUCUGAGGUAAACUGAAUUCUGCAGAUUUGCACAAAAUUUGAGCUACCAAAAAUGCCUAAAUUAAAUAGAAAAAAAGCACCCGAAAUUGAAACUGAUGGGAGAAAUUUAAUAUUUCUU